GUACAGCAGGAUGAACGGAGCAGGGUGAAUGUUCAGAGGCGUUUUGAACUUUCUUUUUCCUUUUUUUCUGGUUUUCACUGGGACUCCCUAGCCCGUGAACAGCACACGCCCCGAGACACUGGCAGGAAUUGGGAAACGUCAUGGAUAUUUCGAGCAAACUUUCCGGCCUUUGCUCAAAACCAUACGCCGCAGUUUCGGGAAGGUUUAAAUGCCUUUUUUAGAGAAACAUUUCGAAUAGAACAAAGCGGACAGAUAAUGUCGCAGCCGAAGAGUGGAAGUGUUGGAUUUGAAAAUGGGAAGAUGACAGGCUUAGAGGGGAACACAGAUGUUACGUUCAUACAGUCAGGAGGGUACCUGACGAAGAUACGUUCAGCCAAAUGGCAGAAAGAACGCUACUACAAGCUUCUGGAUGACUUCAGCACCGUGUGGUAUGAGUCGAGGAAGAUGGUGGGGCGCAAACAGACUUUCUCCGUCAACGAUAUUGACUCGGUGAGGCACGGCAGGCAGACAGAGGGACUACAGCGGUUUGUGGGGGAGAAGCUUGAGGGCCGCUGCUUCUCCAUUAUCUUCAAAGGCCGGAAGGAGAAUCUGGACCUUAUCGCAGGAUCAGAAGAGGAUGCAUCGCACUGGAUCACAGGUCUUGAGAAGGUUGUCAACAUGAUGCAGCACUUCAGUCGACAGCAGAGCAGUGAGCACUGGAUCUUCACCUGCAUGCGCAAAGCAGACAAGGACAAUGACAAUAGGAUGAACCUGAAGGAAAUUAAACACUUUCUCAAGCAGAUCAACAUCCAGGUGAACGACCAUUAUGCAGAGCAAAUCUUUAAGCAAUGCGACACCAAUGGCUCAGGCACACUGGAGGGGGCCGAGAUCAUGAAGUUUUACAGCAUACUGACCAAACGGGAGGAGAUCGACACCAUCUACAAUGAAUUUGCCCGUACGAACAACCUCAUGGGUGCCACCGACCUGCUUGACUUCCUGCUGAACCAGCAACGGGAGCAGUUGUCCUUGGAAGAUGCUCACCAGCUGAUCCAGAAGUAUGAGCUGGAUGAGACAGCCAAACAAAACCAGUGCAUGACCAAAGAUGGCUUCUUAAUGUACCUGCAGCAAGAGGGUGUGAUAUUCAAUCCUGCGCACAAGGAUAUCUAUCAAGACAUGAAUCAGCCCCUCAACCAUUACUUCAUCUCAUCCUCCCAUAACACUUACCUAAUGGAGGAUCAGCUGAAGGGUCCCAGUAGCACUGAGGCCUACAUCCGAGCACUGAUGAAGGGCUGCCGCUGCGUGGAGCUUGACUGCUGGGACGGGGUCGAAGGUGAGCCGGUCAUAUACCACGGCCAUACCCUCACCUCUAAAGUCCUCUUCAAAGAUGUCAUCAAAGCCAUCAAGGAGUACGCCUUCAAGGUCUCCGAGUUCCCGGUCAUCCUCUCCAUGGAGAACCACUGCUCCAUUGAGCAGCAGAAACGCAUGGCCUAUCACAUGAUCAAUAUUCUGGGCAGUGCCCUGGUGACGGAGCCCUUGGGAGACACGAUGCCCACCAGCCUGCCCUCACCGAAGGAGCUGAAGGGCCGCAUCCUGGUCAAGGGCAAGUGCAUGAACAAGCUGGACGUGUUCUUCAACCCCAUCAGCGCAAUGGAAGAAGGCAGCGUUUCCGAGGAGGACGAGGCGGCUGAGAUGAAGGAGGAAUCCAAGCCCAUUAAUUCCAACAUGAAGCUGGCAAAGGAGCUCUCUGAUGUGGUCAUCUAUUGCAAAAGCGUCCACUUUAAGGGUUUCGAGUAUGCAAGAGACAACCAGAGCUUCUAUGAGUUAGCAUCCUUGAAAGAGAGCAAAGCGCUCCAGCUCGCAAAAACAUCAGCCAAUGCCUUCACUCGCCACAAUGCAGCCAAGCUGAGCAGGAUUUACCCAGCGGGCUCCAGGACGGACUCGUCCAAUUAUAACCCUGUGCCCAUGUGGAACGUCGGCUGUCAGAUAGUGGCACUGAACUUCCAGACACCAUGCUGCGAGAUGGACCUGAACCAAGGCCUCUUCCUUCCAAACGGGCGCUGUGGAUACAUCCUGAAACCCAAAUUCCUGCGUGACAAAAACUCUGGGUUUGACCCCAAUGGCCUGUCCCCGGAGCUGCGGAUGCAGAACACGAUCUUCCAUGUGAUGGUCAUCUCAGCACAGCAGCUGCCAAAACUGAACACAGAGAAGCCUGGGUCCAUUGUGGACCCCCUUGUGAAGGUAGAAAUCUUUGGUGUGCCCGGUGACACCGUUGAGAAAAAGACACACCACAUCAAUAAUAACGGUUUCAAACCCAUGUGGAACGAGAAGUUCAAGUUCAUUAUCCACGUCCCGGAGCUGACCCUGGUGCGCUUCGAGGUGGAGGACUACGACACCGCGUCCAACAACGACUUCAUUGGACAGUACACUCUGCCAUUCACCAGCAUACAGAACGGAUACCGGCACAUUCCUCUGUAUAACAAAAGGGGACAUUUAAUCCCUUCAGCUGGACUCUUUGUGCACGUCAUGAUCAUGAACUCCGAGUAGAAGCCACCUUCGGAGGCAUUCGCACCUUAUCAUAUACCAAAGGUCACUAUUAUCUAAGAUCUGAAAAAUUGGGCUGCCGUUUUUCCUUUUUUUUUUAACCAGUUGGAUGUGGGGCUCCAGGUGAAGUAUAUGUCAUUUUAUUUGCAGGGACUUCAUUAGCAUAUUUAUUCUAGUCAGUAUUUAAGAUGUGAUUUGCAGUCUAUUUGUAAAUGUCUCUAAUUGCAGAUACGAAUAUAUAGCAGUGCAUUGUCAAACAUUUAAAAUCAAGUGUACUUUAUUAUAUUUCAAUUAUGUUCAUUUCUGAUGGGUUGUUUAUAAAUUGCAAUAAACUGGAAGAGUCUGUUUA